UACACACUGUAAGACGUAGUCCAUUCGUCAUCGUUGUGGUAUCAAUGGCGUCAUCUGCGAUCAGAGCUUGGUCCGGGAGGCCAAUUCUCGCACCGGCCAGCUCGUGCUAUCGAGCUCUGCUUUCGACUCACCGAUUCACGGCCUCCGAUUCGCUGCACGGAAAUGGAAGGCCUUCCGAGUUCACUCGCUGGUCGCGAUCUAUGGCCACAUACGCCCGAACAAAGCCACAUGUGAAUGUUGGUACCAUUGGACAUGUUGAUCAUGGGAAAACUACAUUGACUGCUGCAAUCACAAAGGUGCUUGCAGCAGAAGGGAAAGCCAAGGCUAUUGCAUUUGAUGAGAUUGACAAGGCUCCUGAAGAGAAGAAGAGAGGGAUUACUAUUGCUACAGCCCAUGUGGAGUAUGAAACUGCCAAGAGACACUAUGCCCAUGUAGACUGUCCGGGACAUGCAGACUACGUCAAAAACAUGAUUACUGGAGCUGCUCAAAUGGAUGGGAGCAUCCUGGUGGUAUCUGCUCCAGAUGGGCCCAUGCCAGAAACAAAGGAACAUAUUUUGCUUGCCCGCCAGUUGAUGCUGUUGAUGACAGAGCUACUUGAACUUGUUGAGACGGAAAUUCGUGAGUUGCUCAACUUCUACAAGUUCCCUGGAGAUGAAAUCCCAAUUAUCAGGGGUUUAGCUUUGUCUGCUCUACAGGGGAAAAAUGAUGAACUUGGAAAAAAUGGUAUUUUAAAACUAAUGGAUGCUGUGGAUGAAUACAUAACUAAUCCUGUACGCCAGCUUGACAAGCCUUUCUUGAUGCCAAUUGAAGAUGUUUUUUCAAUUCAGGGACGUGGAACUGUUGUUACUGGUGGUAUUGAACAAGGUACCAUCAAAGUUGGUGAGGAUAUUGAAGUUUUGGGAUUGAUGCAGGGUGGGCCCAUAAAGACUACAGUCACUGAUGUGGAGAUGUUUAAGAAAAGCUGACUACAGUCACUGGUGUGGAGAUGUUUAAGAAAAGCUUGGAUAAUGGACAGGCUGGUGAUAAUGUGGGCCUUCUUUUGCGUGGUUUAAAACGUGACGAGGUACAAUGUGGCCAGGACAAAGAUUUGCUUUGAGAGAAGGAGGUAGGACUGUUGAUGCAGGGGUUGUCUCUAAAGUAAUUGGCUAAGAUACGAAAACCAUUUUACAGCAAUAAUUUCGUGCCUCGCCCUUUGCAGCAAGAUAUUAACAGAUGAGAGGAUACCUUUUUAUAGAGUAAGAUCAUUUUCUGGUGUCGGUGACAUGCAGUCCCUAGGACAAUAGCUUUAGUCACGACUAGAAAGUAACUUCAUUGCACUUUCAACUAGCGAGUGAAUUGUUGUGCUGUGCCGGCUCAAGCCAACAGUACCAGAGAAAACAGCAAAGUUUUCCAGCUCUGAUGUGGUCUCUGUGACGCCCUCCAGCUCCUUCUUCAUUCCCU